GCCGUGACUUUAAUCAGAUGGUAUGAGCACCGUCCCGCGGUCUGAAACAGAGAGAAAGAGAAAGAGAGUAGUGUGAAAGAAACGAAACGACUCUCUUUCUCUUAGUGGACGACGACAUAGUGGACGGUCGGGGUUACGCGACGGCGACUCGUCUUCCCGGCACAGCGGCGUUUACGAGACCAGGGACCAUCGGCUAGCAGUUUCCCGACGAAGGCGAUCACGCGCGCGAGUGCGGCGGCCGGUUGGCUGAGUACGUUCUCGUCGUCAUCGUUGCUGUCAUCGUCAUCGUCAUCGUCGUCUUCACGAUAGUCGCGCACAGUCCGCGUCUAGUUGAGCGAGGACGCACGCAACGGACCACGCGACCGAGCGGAACGGGCGAGAGAGAGCGGGCCCGACGAGAGCGGAGCGACCCACACCCGCGGAUACGACAGCUCGUCACACACGAUGAGUUUUCUAUUUGGGAGUAGGUCUUCUAAGACCUUUAAACCAAAGAAGAAUAUCCCGGAGGGUACUCAUCAGUAUGAUUUGAUGAAACAUGCCGCCGCUACGUUAGGCUCUGGUAAUUUGCGACUGGCUGUUAUGCUUCCUGAAGGAGAGGAUCUAAACGAGUGGGUCGCCGUUAAUACUGUUGAUUUUUUCAAUCAAAUCAACAUGUUGUAUGGUACGAUUACGGAGUUUUGCACUGAAGAGAGUUGUCCAAUCAUGUCAGCUGGACCAAAGUACGAGUAUCACUGGGCCGACGGUCAUACGGUGAAAAAACCUAUUAAAUGUUCAGCGCCUAAGUACAUAGACUACUUAAUGACCUGGGUGCAGGAUCAAUUAGAUGACGAGACUCUAUUUCCAUCCAAAAUUGGAGUUCCUUUCCCCAAAAAUUUUUUAUCUAUUGCAAAAACUAUCCUGAAGCGAUUAUUCAGAGUAUAUGCUCAUAUUUAUCAUCAGCACUUUAGCGAAGUUGUGCAGCUCGGCGAGGAGGCGCAUUUAAACACGUCGUUCAAGCAUUUCAUAUUUUUCGUUCAGGAAUUUAAUUUGAUCGAGAGAAGGGAAUUGGCACCUCUGCAAGAGCUAAUAGAAAAAUUGACGGCAAAAGACGCGCGAUGAGUCUGCCUACCAUCUACGAGCCACUCGUCCUCUCGAAACUUUUCCAAAGAAUCUCUCAAUCACGCUGUCUUUGCUAGCCCGCACAUAUGAUUGCAUUAUUUAAACUGAUCUAUUAAUUGCUAACCCUCAUGAUCUGCUUCUGUCUCGAAGAAGUGGCGAUGAAAAUCCGCCACCAUUCCGGAAACAAGUGACUGAUAACGCGAACAAAUAACUAUAGUCUUCGCUCUGAAGCCUCAUUCUUCCUUAACGGCUCAUAGAUGUAUUCUGUAUACUCAUUGCAUAUAUACAUACACACACAAAAAAGAGAGAAAACUGCUAUCGAGUGGAUAAGGAUAAGGAGACGGUAGUUUCUGAGACAACGCGUUCGAUUUCAUGACUCGGUUUUCUCCACGUUUCGUAAUUCAUUGCGUUUUAUAAAUCGCUGCUGAUACGCGAAGGAGAGACGGAUGAAAACGCGAUCUUCAGUACAAAGCGACGACACAUGUCGAGAAAAAGGACUAUUUUGAAAGUAACGUCUCUUUUUUGCGAGUGAACAAAAACCAUUCUUAGCUCGCGGGCUCUGCAAUUUUGUUAUUAUUAUCUGCCCUAUUUUCGGAUGUAAAAAUACUGUCGCUGUUAUAUGAAUGUAAAAAUUACUGAUCGUAUCGUACGGCUAUGUACGAAUCCAACUCGUGAAUUUCGUAUGGUUAUAUUUUUAGGUUUAGGGAUAGUUUUAUAAAUGAUAUUUCCUAUCAUUUUCUCGUUAGCAUCCCAUGUCGUAUUAUCAAGAAAUUGCACACAUUGUUGAUAAUACAUAUAUACAUAUAUAUAUAUAUAUAAUGCCGUUGAGAAAAAACAAAGAGUUAAUGCGCAACGCUAUAUCGCAUUAUACUAUGUAACUACUUUAAGCUAUCGUCCUGUUAAGCGCUUAUAGACUUAUUUAUACGACUAGGGUUUUUGUACGCAUUUUGUCCCCGUAGAAAGUGAUAUUUCCCGCUUCAAAUGCUUGUCAGAUACCGGUAGUCAGGCCGUAUACUAUGUCGUUUUACUGCAAUUUUCCAUAUAAUUCUCGUCAAUUUUCAGACUUCCAAGAAUUAAUGUUACGCGAACGUAAUCGACAAAAAACCUAUCGUGAUGUUUGUUCCGCGAGUUAAUUGGUGUGACGCGAUAUUUUAUUGACGUAUAUUUGUCCUUUCAUCGUCUAAUGAUUUUAUGCUGCAUUAAUGAACGACUAUUUUUUUCGAGCAGCAUGCUUUAAUCGUCCACAAAGUUCGAAUAAAAACAUAAUGUUAGACGUCGAA